AUGUUGAUGGUGCGAGAAUUGGAUUUUCUUGAACAAUUUCAAGAUAUGAGUUUGGUUUGUAAAGAGACUUAUUUUGGAGUGAAGCUUGGUAUGUUGAAGCUUACUAGUGGAAUUUUGGAUGAGAUUCGAGAAGGUCAGAAAUCUGAUUUGGGUUUGGUAGAUCGAUUGACGUUGAUCAAUCAAGGUAAAGGUGGUGAUUUUAGGAUUGAUGAGAAUGAUUUGAGGAAAUUGUUUUGGUGGCCUGGUAUGAAGAAAGAGAUUGCGAAAUUUGUGUAUUCGUGUUUGAUUUGUCAGAAAUCGAAGAUUGAGCAUCAGAAGUCGUCUGGUUUGUUACAACCGUUGACGAAAUCUGCUCACUUUAUUUCGAUUAGAAUGGAUUAUCCGAUGGAGAGGCUUGCAAAGCUGUAUAUUGAGAAAAUUGUCAUUUUGCGUGGUAUUCCGUCUAGCAUUGUGUCAGAUAGGGAUGCGAGAAAUAAGAUGAAGGUUUCUCAGAGUCGUCAGAAGAGUUACCAUGACAAGAGAAGGAAAGCACUUGAGUUUGAGGUAAAUGAUCAUGUGUUUUUAAGAGUUACUCCGGUAACGGGUGUUGGUAGAGCAUUGAAGUCGCGUAAGUUGACGCCGCGUGUUAUUGGUCCGUAUCAGAUUCCUGAGAAAGCAGGUGAUGUGGCUUAUCGGAUUACAUUACUGUCGUCACUUGCUAAUCUCCAUGAUGUGCUUCACGUGUCUCAAUUGAGGAGAUACAUUGUGAAUCCUUCGCAUGUUAUCCGAUUAGAUGAUGUUGAGGUUAGAGAUAAUUUGACCGUGGAGACAUUACCUAUGUGGAUAGAAGAUAGAGAGGUGAAACAACUCCGUGGUAAAGAGAUCGCUUUAGUGAACGUCAUUUGGGGAGGACCGGCUGGUGGAAAUAUGACGUAG